CAAAACCUUAGGUUUGCUACGCUAUCCUAUGAUCUGAGCUCUUCUAAGGACGUUCUUCCUCCUACGUCAUCAUUUUACAACCAUCCAGCAAAAUAAGUGCUCCCCCAACGUCGAGUCGGAGUCAGCGGUGUGAGAUCCCAAGAUACGGGCCCCAGGGGUCAUUCGAGAUAUGGCCAUGAGUGGACUGAUUCGUCUCUGCAGACUCACUUCAGUGGUAUCCCAGUAUACAGUGUCAUCUUCCGUCGUCCGAAGUCGAGUUUACGCCGGCCUACGAACAAAAUCAAAAGCUGUAAAAUCGUUCAAUGGUAAAACGCUAGGUUUUAUUCACCAAUAUAACGUAAAUCUGCCUGAUGUACCGGAGUUAACCCCAAGUCCAGCAAUUUGCAAGGAUCCUGAGGUCGAAAGUGGCACUCUGGGGUCAGGCAAGACCAUGCAACCACUCGACAUCAAGUCACGUCUGGAUGGAUAUACAGUCAUUCAUUUAUCCGUUAAGGAUUUUCGAACCACGGAAAACCUAGAGACGUUCUGGGAUUCUGCAUACAGAUUAGUCGGUAUGACAGUGCGUGAUGCGCCUCCGUUCACCCAUCGGAGCGACUUCAUCGCGUACUUCAAGGACAAAGAUGAACGUUUCUUCCUUCUUGUCGACGACAUCAAUGCGGCUUCUUCUGAUAUCGUGAAGAAUUUCCUCGGAGCUUUUCGAUUCUUCAGAGAGUGCAGACUCAGCAGCUAUUCCCUGGAAGGCAUAAUUGCAACUGGAACACUCAGUGCCAUGCAUUUGUUAAACCCAUCAAUGAUUUUCGAUGACUUCCAAAAGAACGAACGCUUUUCUCCAAGUCACGAUAUCAUCGAAGACAUGGACUCAAUCUGGAGGUCCAUCCGUGACAGACGCCAGUCCUCACACGAGGGUGAGAAUGUUGCUUUUAUCCAUUGGCAGCGGGACACCAUCCAUAAGCUGUAUGACUGGAUUAGCCUUCAUCCUGUUUACAAGAAGAUACUGCAAUCACUUCAAGAUGCUGACGCCCUCGAUGCUGUUACUCUUCUCUACAGUUGCUUCCUUUGCAAUCUUGUCCCCGUUUACAUUCAUUACGAGAAAGAGAAAGACUUUGCUGAGUCCUUGACGGCAGAGGGCGUCCUCUCUAAGCUGGAUACGUUCCAAUCUGAAUGUUGGAUCUCUUCGGCAGUGGUGGAUGUACAGAACGACACGGUCGUCGUCGAUAUUUUAGGGACGGCACCGCGGUAUUUCAACAAAGAACUCAUGCAGGGUUCAUUUGGCAGAUCGUACAAGGCUGCAGAUCUUGUUGGUGGGCAUCGAGGACAUUCGGUUCUACGCCAAGGGGUCUAUGAAACCGAACUAGGGAGGAUAUCCUCCAAUUGGCUUGACCCGUCUGCCGCUUGGUUCGUUUCCGUCGGAUGGGAUUCAUGCAUCGACGAAUCCACCCCAAUAUCAUUCUUACUAGUUAAUAUUAAGAACUCAGUCACUGGAAGGAGAGAAAAUGACCAACUCGGUGUCCGUCCGAAUGAAUUAUUAUUUCCAAAUUAG